UGAAAAUCUGGAGAUCAUUUGAAUCUUUAUUAUUAUAUUCUCUUUCUUCUUCUCUUUCCCGUGCAAUCAUCACAUCACUACAUUUCUUUUGGCCAGUGUGCAGCGGAAGAGGCUUUCUUCCCCAGAUCCGCUUCCCCGCAAUACAAUGCGCGUUCCAUCCCCACUCCUCCGGGCGUUGAGCUCGAACGCAGUAACCAGGCCUCUCACGUCCCAACGCUGCUUGCCAUCGACAUACUACCUGGCACUCUGCUCAUCGUCAAGGUCAAUUGCCAGCUACACGCACCCACAUCAUGCCUCGGCCAUUUCUAUUCUUUCCACGACCGUGGACACAUCGUCACCGGAAUUCCAGGGCAAUGCAAGACAGAUGCAGCAACUCCUGGACGGCAUGACAAAUCUCCAUACUACCAUUGCUCGAGGAGGGCCACAGAAAGCUAGAGACAAGCAUAUAGCCAGGGGCAAAAUGCUCCCGCGGGACCGGGUCACGUCCCUGAUCGACCCGGGGACCUCCUUUCUGGAGCUCUCCGCGCUCGCAGGCCACGAUGUGUAUCCUGGGGAAUCUGUACCAGCAGGGGGCAUUAUAACAGGCAUAGGGACUGUGGAAGGCGUUACUUGUAUGAUUGUGGCCAAUGACAGCACGGUCAAGGGAGGCACAUACUACCCCAUUACAGUGAAGAAGCACCUUCGCGCGCAAGCAAUCGCGCAGGAGAAUAAGCUGCCUUGCAUUUAUCUCGUUGAUUCUGGCGGUGCAAAUCUACCAUACCAGGCAGAUGUGUUUCCGGACAAGGAGCAUUUCGGACGCAUCUUCUUCAACCAAGCUCGAAUGAGCUCGUUGGGCAUUCCUCAGAUCUCCGUGGUGAUGGGUCCCUGUACGGCUGGAGGCGCAUACGUUCCAGCAAUGAGCGAUGAGACCAUUAUCGUUGAGAACCAGGGCACGAUCUUCCUCGCUGGCCCUCCGUUGGUGAAGGCUGCGACGGGUGAAAUUGUGUCCGCUGAGGAUCUCGGCGGUGGCCAACUACACAGUACGAUUUCCGGCGUGACUGACUACCUAGCGGUAGACGAUGCGCAUGCCAUUGUCCUGGCGCGCAGGUCCAUUGCAAACCUGAACUACCCCAAGACGACUUUCCCGUUACAUAUCCCCUCGGGAGAAUCGUCGCCGACGAUCAAGGAGCCUCUGUACGAUGCUAAUGAGCUGAACGGCAUUGUCGGUACCAACCUUCGCCGACAGAUCCCCGUCCAUGAAGUCAUCGCACGCAUUGUCGACGGCAGCGAGUUCGCUGAGUUCAAACGCGAUUACGGCAAUACCUUGGUUACGGGUUUCGCACGCAUCUACGGAACACAGGUCGGCAUCGUCGCCAACAAUGGCAUCCUCUUUUCCGAAUCAUCACUCAAAGGAGCCCAUUUCAUUCAGCUCUGCAGUCAGCGCAAUAUCCCCCUCGUCUUCCUACAGAACAUUUCCGGCUUCAUGGUCGGAGCCGAUGCAGAGAAGGGCGGCAUCGCCAAGAACGGCGCCAAACUGGUCACCGCGGUUGCAUGUGCAGACGUGCCCAAGUUCACUGUCGUUUUCGGCUCGAGUGCUGGCGCAGGGAACUAUGGUAUGUGUGGCCGUGCCUAUUCUCCCCGUUUUCUGUUCAUGUGGCCCAAUGCCAAAAUAGGCGUCAUGGGCUCCGAGCAGCUCUCCGCCGUCAUGGAGGCUGUCGGCCGCACGGCAGAUCCGGAACUGAAAGCGCGCAUUGAUCGUGAAUCAGAGGCUAUCUUUUCUUCUGCCCGUCUCUGGGAUGACGGGGUCAUCCCGCCAGCGCAGACGAGACAUGUACUGGGCUUGAGUUUGGCAGCUGCUCUUGGUGGGAAGGCAGAGGAUGUAGGAACGCGAUUUGGCGUGUUCAGGAUGUGAAGUUCCUAUAGAGAUUUAAAUACCUUUCUUGGAUUUGAAAGAAGUAAUGCUGUAAUGAUCAGAUUCACUGUAUAUACAUAAUCUACUGGCUUUCUA